UCCUUUAAAGUCUAAACAAAAAAUAAAUAAUUCAUAAUACCAAGUUAAGUAAAAAAUUUAUUUAAAAAUAAAAUAAAAAUGGCAUUGCAGUUUAGCAGUACAUGUAACUUUAGUUUAAGAAAUAGAAACUCAGAAAGAGUAAAGGCAGUUGCUUCAAAUGAAUUUGUCAAAGUAAAAGAUAAUGUUGUGCAACUGGGUGGUUCUAGUUUGAAGUUGACUAAGCUUGGAAUUGGAGCUUGGUCAUGGGGUGAUACCAGUUACUGGAACAAUUUUGAAUGGGAUGAUAGGAAGAUGAAAGCUUGUAAGAACGCUUUUGAUGCAAGUAUCGAUAAUGGUAUAACUUGGUUCGAUACUGCAGAAGUUUACGGGUCAAGGUUCUCAUUUGGUGCGAUCAACUCUGAAACACUGCUUGGAAGAUUUAUCAAGGAACGAAAGAAGAAAUAUCCAGAAGAUGACAUAGCUGUUGCCACUAAGUUUGCUGCAUUACCAUGGAGGCUUGGUCGCCAAAGCGUCCUCUCAGCCCUCAAGGACUCUCUGAGUCGACUCGAGCUUGACUCAGUGGAACUUUAUCAACUCCACUGGCCAGGAAUUUGGGGAAAUGAAGGAUACAUUGAUGGUCUUGGAGACGCUGUGGAGCAAGGUCUGGUGAAAGCCGUUGGAGUCUCCAACUAUAGCGAAAAGCGUCUUCGUCAAGCUUAUCAACAGCUAAAGAAACGAGGUAUCCCCCUGGCUUCAAACCAAGUCAAUUAUAGUCUCAUAUACAGGAUGCCCGAGGAGAAUGGAGUGAAGGCCACGUGCGAUGAACUUGGCAUUAGUUUAAUUGCAUAUUCACCAAUUGCUCAAGGUGUUUUGACCGGAAAGUACACACCAGAAAACAUCCCUACGGGUCCUCGAGGAAAUAUCUACACUGCUGAAUUCCUUACUCAGUUGCAACCUCUUAUAAACAGAAUCAAGGAGAUUGGACAGAACUAUGAUAAAACUCCAACACAGGUGGCUCUCAAUUGGUUGAUAGCUCAAGAAAAUGUGAUUCCAAUUCCAGGAGCAAAAAAUGCAGAACAAGCAAAAGAGUUUGGUGGGGCUUUGGGGUGGACACUAUCUAGUGACGAGGUUAAUGAACUUCGAGAAUUAGCUUCAAAAUCAAAAUCUGUAAUGGGUUUUCCUGUUGAAAAGCUGUAAACUUUGAUGCCCACUCAUAUUUUUGCGAUAAUACAUACGUAAAUACAUCUCUGUGAUAUAGGUUCAGCAAGAUGCCAACUCAA